UUCACUUUCUCUCCUAUGGCAGGAAUCACUUCCUGAGGUCGAGCCCCCGUAGGAGGACGGUGUGUGCUCGUCAGACAUUUUCUGCCUGCUGUAGGUUGUGUACAGAAGCUGCGAUAAGUGCCCAGAGGGUACUCCUUCACAUCCGACAAUUCUGCAAGCACAGUAACAUUUUUGAGUAUGAUUGUUCUCUAGAAAAUCAUAUUCAUUCAAGUGUCUGAAUUAACACAGGAUUAACCACACGGAUUCCAUAAUGGCAGACGACUUCAUAAGUAGUCACCGGUCUUCUGAAUUAUAAUUGUUCCUUUCUUCUUGCUUAAGAAAGCAUGCUCAUGUUGAAGGACUCUGAUAUGAUCCACCUAAACACUGUAGCACCGUAUAAUGCAUGGAGAGGACAGCUGUAUAUCCAUGAGCAGUUGGUGUGCAGCAUUGCUUUACAGGCACCUAGCGCUUGCAGCAUUCCUGCUCAACUGUCAGAAAAACUAGAUCUGAAAGAAGUAAUCCAGUGGUCUGACUUAAGAAAAACGUUACCCGAAGACAUAUUCCAGAAGACAGAUCCAACGGGUCAAGAAGUGUCUUGUGGAAAUAUCUACUACAGUCUCUUUUCUGUAGUAACCUCAAAUAUUGUUGGAUCUGACAAGUUGCUGAAGUGCUUAAGAGAUCAGGAUCUGGCACUCAUCAAAGAAUUAAAAGAUCAAGGCUUUCUUAUUUUGGUGAACUCUACUGCACUUCAGAGCAACACAGGUAUCUCAGACGGAAACUCUGCUCAACUUAACGCCCUGUUUUUAUUUCCUCACCAGAGGUUUUUGGAUAAAAGAGGGGGAGACGAAUGGGAGAGCAAGUUCGCCAGAAAGGAACUUUCAUCGACAAUAACAAAUCUUCUACCUGGCCUUCAUUAUGCCAUUAUAGAGUCAAGAAAGUUGCAAAAGGACAAAGCCCUUUACCCUGGUCCAUUGGUGGAACAGUAUUUUAGGAAACAUGUAGUUCUCCAAAGUAAGAAAGGCAGUUCAUCAGAGAGAAGGCCUGAGCAAAGUGUACCUCUAUCUGUAUUUAACAGUCAUGGUGAUGAACCACCUACAAAAUGUAGUCAACUGGCUUUUUCUUGUCUACAGUUGUAUGUUUCAUCACCUGUAAAUUUCAAUAUUCCAGUCAUAAGAAUGUCCAACAUCGUAGCUGAAACCGCUGCCCUAUCUGGCAACAGUGACCAGAGUGGUAAAACUAUAGGCAACGUAAUAAAGCAGGACAAUCCGUCUUCAACGUCUAAGCUGUCUAUGCCAGCAGAUUCAAAAGCUACCAGUAGCAACCCGCGCAGAAAACGUGCUGUUCAUGAGGACAGACAGCAAAUUUCUAAAAGAGGCCCCAAAAGGAAAAGUGCAAAGAGAAAGAAGAAAAGCAAACCAAAAUCUGUCCAUCGGGCUGCCCUGAGCACAGCAGAGACUAGUGAAAAUCAAACUUCAAACAAAAGAAAACGGCUUCUCUCUGAGGACAAGAAGCAGAUUGGUUCUUCAAGUGAAGUUCUGGUAAAACUUGCUAGUGCUCCGUAUCCGCAAAGGAGAAAAAGAGGAGCUGAAGUUUUGACAGCUGCCUUUAUACAAGAUGAGAAAAUCCAGACAACUGAUAAGAUGGCUACAAGCAAAACAAAUGAAGAGAACAAGAAUCUAACUCAAAAGGCUAAAACCAUAAAGAGAACCCCAAGAAAAAUCUUGGCCCCUGAAGAGCCAUUUCUUGUUCCUGAUAGGCCUUCAAAACGUAAAGUGUCUGAUCCAGGCAACAAAAACAUGUCGGUAGGGGCUACUAAGAAAUCUGUAAGCUUGAGAAGGGCAAAUGAGAUAGAAGAUGGAAAGACAGGAAGAGGCGUUAAAAGGAAUCAAGAGAAAAUGAAGAAUGUUACAGUUGAACAGAUCAACACGUUCAGCAAAUCCAGUGAAAGCAGUGCUCAGGUUUCUGAGGACAGUAUGAUUGAGAAGAGAAUAGGCAUGUAUGAAUCACAUGCCCUUAAUCUACUGGCUGACUUGGCUCUAAACUCAUUUGGUUCCACAGGCAUCCCUUACAUAAAAAGUGGAAAUGUGGCAUCAGCAAAUGAGCCAUUAAUUGAGGAAGCAGCAAGUACAGGUGACAGCGUAAGUACGGUAGAACCGCCACCAAAGGGAUGUAGUCUCCCAGCUCAGUCUACUAUAACCAUCACUGAGGUUGAACGUAUAUUGGAAAGUGAAAUUGAUAAACCUAAGAAUGGGUUGAGUGUCUCUCCUCGGAACAUUGCAUCACAAAAACGUUUUGACAAUGUUGAAAAACAAAUGUCACCAAAAGCUCACAUUGCUGCUGCCAAGGCUAAAGCACGGUACAAUGCCUUAAGUAAAAUCUGCCUGGAGCAUUCUUAUUCUCAGCUUCCAAUGGAAGAUAUUCCAGGCAAACCUGCAAAACAAGUAAAUGAACAACCCAUUCAAGGUGUCCCUGAUUCCACUACAUCGGCUGACAUUGUGCCUCCUGAGCCAUCAGCAAAUGGUCUGCCAGAAGAGAAUUUAUUAUUGACCAACGAAAGUGUGUGCCCAGACGCCGGUCAGAAACAGAGGGCAGUGUCAAAGUUCCAGGACAAUGUUGUAGUUACUUUUCACUGGGAACCAAAAUACGACUUUGAUGUAGACAGCAAAUUUACCCGGGAUCCCUUAGAGAAAACAAUAAAUCGGGCACUACAUGGCCCAUGGAACCCCAAUUUGAAAGAGAAAGUAGAAGAUGUAAAAAUCAUCCUGCACAUGUGGAUAGCUCUGUUCUACAGCAAAUCGAGCAAGCCGAUAAAUUUCAGUUCACGGAAAGUGGUGGAGCACAGCAAUCCUGCAAAAUAUGUGUCUAUCAACACUGUCCUGGACCCCUUUGAAUUUUAUGAAAUCAUGGAGCUGGACGAUGUCCCUUCUGCAGAGAAUAGCAAUGUCAUUCUGCCCAUGGGAAAAAGAUCAGAAUUGUCUGGCCAAGUAAAUCCAUUUGACUCAGUCUUGUCUUGUAGACUGGGGAAAAGUCACAGUAAGAGUCUCCAAGAUGUAACUGUUCCCCCUACCAGCAUUCCGACAAAGGAUUAUAAUAUAAAAUUAUCAAGUGAAAUCUUCCAAAUGUGUAAGGACAGUGAGAGUGCAGAUUGCAGUGAUAGCCUUCAAACAAGUAUGAUGGGCAUAAUGGCACCGACAAGCAAAGGUGCCCCAGCACCUGACAAUGUAAUGAAAACAAUCUUUGGUGCCAAUGUUCCAACUGUGUGUUACAUCGGUGACACCAACCUGUUUAACACUGAACUAGCAGAUAAAUCAGAGAAUUGCAUGCACAUUGGUGGUUUUUCUUCUGAAAAGGCAAAGCCUAAAGACAUUGAGCAUAAAUAUUCCAGACAUUUCUCCCGCAUGAAUGAAGCCCAGAAGUCAGCAGGCAAACAAGCUCACUGUAAAGUAGUAAGCAGCGAUGCUGAUGAAAAUUCAGGAAAUAUCAAAGUUAGCUUCUCUAGACGGACAAGCCAAACACACAGCGACAUUUUAUCUCUACAUGAGCCACCAACUACAGGGGAAAGCCAUGAAACUCCUUCCAAGUCAGAACUGGCUGGCCAUAAAGGGAAAUAUCUUUCUAAAUCUAUUCCCAGUCUUGAGAUUCCAUCUGCAGAUGACAUGAGGGAGGACAUUACAGAUGAGAAUCCGGCAACUGUGGAGCUGUCUCCUGAAAAGGAUGAGCUUUCUGUUCAAAGUGUGAGUCUUUUGGGUGCCAGGGUGCCUGCAAGUGUUGACAGUCACAAAGCUGCAGCAGAGACCGCCGAAAGCCAGGAUCCACUGCCAGCCGCUGUUCUGCCUUCACAGGAAAUAAAUGACCUCUCCGCUAAUGCUGAUGCUGUACUUCAGAAUACAGAAAGAAAUGACAGUCGGGUGACCAUUCCAAAUAGCUGCGAUGUUAUGGUGGUUGAAAGUCCAUCAGAUCAUAAUGAUGUGAAAGCAAAGUUCUGUACGGGUAUAAGCUAUGACCUAGUGGAUCCUUGGAUGAACAGAGAGGCAUUGGAGUGUGAUAAAGAUUCUUCAGGCAUUAACCAUGUUGGCCCGGACAACCUUCGACUUUUUGAAACUCCAGAUAGAAAUGUCCACUCUGAGUCAGUACAGAGUGAUGAUGUCAGACAGGUUGGUGAAUGCACAGACACCAUUGCAAGCAAUCGGGGAUCACAGAAAAUAGAAGGACUGGCGUUUGGUCACAGUCCUAAUCAUUCAAAGAAUAUAGACUCUGACAUGAAUGUGGACUGUAAUAGUAAUUGUACAGAGGGAGGUACAUCAAAUUCUGCUUUGGACAGCAUUGGAUUACAAGAUAGAGAGGAAAAAGCUAUAGAAAACAUCUUUGAUGAAUUUGAAAAUGUGGUGGAGCCAAAGAAUACACAUGAGCUUGAUGAAAAUGUGUUGAACAAGAUCACCGCUGCUGACACCAUGAGCAGAAUCUCUGAUGAGGGGUCCGAUGUGGACUGUAGUGCUAAAAGCUGUACUAUGGCUCAUAUGGAAUCAGAUGAACUGGAGCGUAAAGAGAAAUCAUUGAAAGAAGUAUCUGAGAAAACGGAGGAAAAAGAAGGGCAUAGUAUUGGGGAGGACAAAAUCAGUACCACAGUGGAACACUCCGUGCCUGUGGUCUAUAAGGACCAUUCUGUUCCUGAAAAGGAAAAUGUAGAGGAAACAGAUGUGCAUGAGCCUAGUCAUAUCUCAGAAGCAAGCAUGGUGGAGGAACCUGAGAAGGAAGUGCCAGAGAAGGGAAUCCUCACCCUUAAUGUUUCCCAAAAUUGCUUAAAUGAUGAGGACACUCAACUUUUCAAUGAAGCAGCCACAGAUGAAGGAACAAAAGAGCCAGAAGCAUUAAACCAUGAUGCGAACAUGAAUAUUGACAGUGCAGGUCUACUUGAAUUUUCUAAAAAAGAGGUUCCUUCUACCCAAGAGAUUUCUGCUGCAGGUCAUGCACUGCCUUAUACAGAUGGAGCCUGCUUAGUAGAGGACCCCUCAUUAGUUGGUGCUGGAGGGAUUGCAAGCACAUCUGUUCUUGGAGACCUGGAUAGAGAAGUCAACUGUGAAAAGUUUACAAUAGAGGAUUCUGUCCAGUGUGAAAACCAUAAAGGGCAUGUCCAUAAUGAAGGCUUAGCUGAAAGCCAAAGUCGCCAACUUCUAUCUCAGGCACCUUUUGAAGGAGACAAGACAGAAAAUAACAUAUGUUUAGUGGAGACGGUAAAUGAGAAGGAUGAUGCUUUAUUAACCAUAGCUGAAACUCAGACAUGUCAAACUGUUGUAAAUAGUUCUGUAACAUCUGGAUUAAGCAAGGACAUGUUAGGGGGAAAAUCUGAUGUUGGUAACUUAAAUGAAAAAACUCUGCAGACAAAUAUAAUGGAUUCUACACAACAGCCUUUAAAAGAACAGUCCCCUGAUCUCGCUGGAGAUGAUGUUCAUUUGUGUUCAACUGUCACGCCAGCCAGUACAAGUGGCAAAGACUCAAAACACAGCAACAGGAAGUCAAGCAAGAAUAAAAAAGAAAUCCUGUCAAAAUUAAAGCGCAUAUGCUUAGGGUCCAUGACUGGCCAUCUUGUUAGUUCCAGUUGUGAAAAUGUUCUCUUGUCUCAGGAUGAAAACUCCAUCGCUGGCGGCUUCACAAAGGAAAAUGAAAAUAUAGAUUUGGCAAAAAAUUCACUUCCAGGUGAUGAAGAUAAAAGCAUUUUGAAGAAUAGUGAUGAUGUAGCAGAAGAGCCUGCAAUAGACAACUUGUCACCAGAAGAAUCAGCCAUGACUUCUGUUGAACCAAAGAUCCUUGAAGGAGUAAAGUCUUCUCAAGAUGUCUACUUAAUAUCCUCAUCCCUUGAAGAUGUAUCCGACAGCAUUGAGCAGGAUCUAGCUCCUGAGCUACCUGAUAUUUGUUUCAUAGUUAAUACAGGGAGUAUAAGUAAGGAACAGUAUGAUCGCUGGUCUGAAACUUCUGAUGAAGAUAUUGAGUAUAUACGUUCAUAUAAGGAACCACUGGCACAUGAAGACCAGUUACAGAAAGAAAUUCGAGAGUCUCCUAGUUUAUUCCAGGAUAAGGUAACAUGCUCUCAGGAACAGACUACCACAGAUAGGACAAAAAAGAACUUUCAGUUGCAGUCUGGUUCAAAUAGUGGUUUAUACGAAACUGAUGAAUAUUUCUCAAGGCAUCUCCAAGAUCUCGAAUCCAAGAGCCAUACAAACCGUGGGAAUGUUAAUGUAACUAGAAACAUUAAAGGCCAUGGUAGAGCUCUGCGGACAGUCACUGAGGCGAGUUCUUCGAUGUCUGACCUGGACCACCUCUUCUCUGAUAGAAGAAUGGUGUCAGACGACCUUACUCAGAACACUCUUGACAUGGAAAAUGUGCGUUUCGUUUGUAAGUUGAAGGAUAUUUUACGAAAGUCGACAACAGAUAAGCACAUUCAUGGACCUCCUUUUCAGACAAUGUUUGAGUCCAGGAGGAUUCCCAGCUGUUCACAAUCUACAGUCAAGUGUAGAGGCCCUCUCCUUAUCACUAUGCACUGCCCACGCCGCAGGACAGAUUUUAGAAGGCAUGAUAGCUGGCACCCGAGCACUUGUAAUAGUUCACCUUAUUAUGAGGAUGAACUAUGGGACAGGCCUGUGGACAGGCCUGUUACCAGUUACAGGACUAAAAGAAAAUGUAGAACUCCUAGAUAUUCUCCUUAUCACUUUAGUCGGUUAAGGUAUGAACAUUCAUUGGACAAAUCAAAUAAUGACAUUUCUGUCAUUCUUAAUGAGUGUGUACAGUCCAAUCACUUAAAGUUGAGUAGCAUUGGCUUGGAUAGUACUGCAGCAGAUAGAACUUCAGCCAUUCAGCUGGCAGAGGAGAGUGAUAGGCCUUCAAGAAGACCAUUUGUACCAGUCUCCUCCAAAUCACAAUCUGUUAAGAACCUUAUAUCAGAUCUGUGUACGAACUUACAUUCAAGGCUUCAGAAUGUUGCAAGAGCAUCUGAGCGAAAGGUCUCUUUUUACAUAUAUGAGACAGACGAUGGUGAUUUCAUCUCAUCAGCUAAGAGCUUACUAGUAAAGGAUGGUCAUGUUGAAACAGACCCACCGGCCUUUUUGAGCAGUGAACAUUCUGACUCUCAUCAGCUUUUAGUGAUCAUGAAAAACGAGGAUGUAUUUUCUUGCAUCAACAAGAUUCCUUAUUUGAUGCAACUGAAGCUCCUGCCUAAUGUCACCUUUGCUGGUGUGGACACCCCCGAGGAUAUUACUGAGUCAACAUAUGGGGAGCUCUUUCAAGCCGGUGGUUUUGUGGUCUCAGAUAAAAGUGUAUUGGGGAAUAUAACACUGGGAAAGCUAAAGGAAGUUCUUGCCGUUUUGGAGAAGAUGAACAGAAACGCUACUUGGAAGUGGCUAAUUCAUUACAGAGAGAAUCGGAAGCUUAAAGAUGAUAAAAGGGCUGAACCUCUGUCUCGGACAAAGAUGUCUCUGCUUAAAUCUCACCAAUAUUUAAAUAUUAUUGAAAUGCUGCCUUAUCACCAAUGUGACUCCAGAUCUAACGAGCCAUCAGAUGAUCUUUCAUGUCUCGUGAACCUCCAGUACCAACAUAUCCAUUCUAGACUUGCUGUUUAUUUGACAGGCGCGACUUCCGUGGUUACUGAGGAGUAUGAGCAGAAUGGCAUCCUUGUGUAUGAUGUGGACACUUUCUUAAGAAAAAUUCAAAAAGUGGAUUCACAGUUCCAGGCUUCAUAUUGGCCAUGAUGCAUCAGAAAAUAAGCUCUGUGGAACAUAGGACUUGAUGAACUCUGUCUAUAGAAGCAAAUCCAUCAGACAAUCUGGUAUUGGUUAUAGCAGCGUAGUACAUGCAUGCACUUUGCAGUUAAAACCUAGUCUUACCUUUGCAGCUUUGUUUUUUUUCCCCCGCAAAAUGCUUCUAAUUAUAAUUCAUACUAAUAUGCAGAAAGCUAUAGAAGUAUACGAAGAUAAGACUGUUUUAUAUCUUUAUCUGUAUUGGAUAUACACAACCUCAGCACUAUAGAUGAUUGAAAAUCGAAAGCCAUGUCCAUGGUAGUUUUUGUUUUUUAUCGAUUUUCUUUUUCCUCUUUUUUUAUUUUUUAUUUUAAAAAUAAAUAAAUUAUUUACUUUUGCUAUGAUAUCAAAAUCCGUAUGUUUUUGCAAAGUAUUUAUAAACCAAAAUAUUAAUGUAUAUCUCAGUUUAAAUGUCUAUUUUUGUUCUUUUACGCUUUGUAAACGACUGUGCACAACAAUAGGCUAUGACAUAGCUUGCAGACAAGCUAAUAAUGUAAAUUAAUGUAUGUUACAAAUCAAUACUUGUACAUUGAGCUGUAUUAAUGGAAUAUUUAGUUUUAUUUUUCCUAUUAUCAGUGAGGGUGUAGUAGAGGGUGUGGUUUUGUAAAUAAAGGUGUAUAGGGCUGGGGGAGGACCCUUUCUUGAUACUUUCUUUUUUUUCUAUGGAAAAUGUACAGUAAAUGUAAUAGAUUACUUUAUUGAGCUGUUGGAAAGAGUCUUUGUUAACAAUUUUAUAAAUAAAGUGUGCUCCGUUCAAUGUUUGUAUUAAA